UUUGCUUCUUCUUCUUCUCCAUGGGAGAGAAAGAAUGACCCAAUUGAAAUUUUUCGUGGAAUAUUCAUUUCUAAACUGAAGAAAAUAGAUCAAAAAUCUCCAAAUGCCGGAUUCAGAAGGGCCUAAGAAACCCAACUGGAGAAAAGCGAAGAAGAGAUCUCAAUCUCUAUUGCCAUAUUUGUCGAUCUACUGUUCUCGAACCAUUGGAUCUGAUGGUGAUAUUUGUGGUAUUUCCCGACGGAUUUCUAAGUUGGAUUUCUUCUAGGGUUGUCAUUGCCCUGACGACGAAGAGGUGGCAGAGACGACGAUGCAGGUUCAUUUCUCUCCUAGCAUGAGAAGCAUCACGAUCUCGAGCAGCAAUGGAUUUCUUGACUUCAUGAAGAUCAAGGUCGCAGCUCGCCACGUCUCUUAUCGCACCCUCUUCCAUACCAUCCUCAUCCUUGCUUUUCUGCUACCUUUCGUCUUCAUUCUCACCGCCGUCGUUACCCUCGAAGGUGUCAACAAGUGCUCCUCCCUCGAUUGUUUGGGCAGACGGUUGGGACCAAGGCUUCUUGGUAGGGCUGAUGAUUCAACGAAGUUAGUAAAAGAUUUAUGUAAGAUCCUCAACCAAGUUAAUACUGAGCAAAUCCCAGCUGACCUGAAGCUGCCAGAGUCAUUCAGUCAACUUGUUUCUGAAAUGAAAAACAACCAUUAUGAUGCCAGGACUUUUGCCAUCAAGCUGAAAGCAAUGAUGGAGAAAUUCGACAGGGAGAUUAGAGAGUCCAAGUUUGCAGAGCUGAUGAACAAGCAUUUUGCAGCAACCGCCAUUCCAAAGGGCAUCCACUGUCUCUCUUUGCGUUUGACUGAUGAGUACUCCUCCAAUGCUCAUGCACGGAAACAGUUGCCUUCUCCAGAAUUACUUCCAUUGCUGUCUGAUAAUUCUUACUACCACUUUGUCCUAGCGACUGAUAACAUCCUUGCAGCUUCUGUUGUGGUCACUUCCACUGUCCAAACUUCUUUAAAACCCGAGAAGAUUGUCUUCCAUGUCAUCACUGACAAGAAGACGUAUCCAGGUAUGCACUCAUGGUUUGCACUCAACCCUCUUCCACCGGCAAUUGUUGAGGUGAGAGGAGUUCACCAAUUUGACUGGUUAACAAGAGAAAAUGUACCCGUACUUGAGGCUAUUGAGAGCCAGCAUGGUAUCAGAGAUUACUACCAUGGAAAUCAUGUCGCUGGGGCCAACCUUAGUGAGACUACUCCUCGAUCAUUUGCUUCCAAAUUGCAGGCCAGAAGUCCAAAGUACAUUUCAUUGCUCAACCAUCUCCGCAUAUACCUCCCAGAGCUAUUUCCAAACCUCGACAAGGUGGUCUUUUUAGAUGAUGAUGUGGUAAUUCAGCGUGAUCUGUCAGGGCUAUGGGAGAUUGACCUCGAGGGUAUGGUUAAUGGGGCAGUAGAAACCUGUAAAGGUGAAGACGAAUGGGUGAUGUCUAAGCGUUUCAAGAAUUAUUUCAAUUUUUCUCAUCCUCUCAUUGCAGAGAGUUUAAACCCUGAUGAAUGUCCAUGGGCAUAUGGUAUGAACAUCUUUGAUUUAUGUGCAUGGAGGAAAACAGAUAUCAGAGAUACAUAUCAUUCGUGGUUGAAGGAGAAUCUGAAGUCAAAUUUGACACUCUGGAAGCUUGGCACACUACCCCCCGCUCUGAUUGCAUUCAGAGGCCAUGUUCACCAAAUUGACCCUUCAUGGCACCUGCUUGGUUUGGGAUACCAGAAUAAGACCAACAUUGAGAGUGUGAAGAAGGCAGCAGUGAUUCACUACAAUGGCCAGUCUAAGCCAUGGCUAGAGAUUGGCUUUGAGCAUCUCCGGCCUUUUUGGACCAAGUACGUUAAUUACUCCAAUGAAUUUGUGAGGAACUGCCAUAUCUUGGAGCCUUAGGUGAGAUAGAGGAAGGAGAACAGAAGUGAGAGAUGGGACAGAUAUAAUUGGAUGGGUUCCUGUAAGUUUUGCAGUGCGAUAUUUUGAUGACAUUUAAAUAAGGAAAAGAAGAAAUUUGAUCAUGUGGGUAAUGCUGACAGAUUCAAAUACUCUGCGAUCCAUCCCACGUUUACAGUGGAGGACCUGCAUUACUCGUGGGCACAAGACAUUCUUUCAUUCUGUAACAUAGCAAUCAAUGCUUUAUUUUUUUGGCUGGAAAAGGGUAGAUUUCCUUUUUCUGCCCUCCAAGGGGUAUCUUGAAUUACCUUUUCUAUUACUCAGGUGUUGGACGGAGUAAGGUGAUCAGAAUUGCCCGACUUGGAUGCCUGAGCAAUCGUGCAGAUGGAUGUGAGAAUGGGAGAUCAGCUUUGGACUGGUUCUUUUGUAAGGCAACCCCCAAGAUAUCCUUUAUUUUUUUUGGUAGUUUCCUUCCCCCUGUCUCCAUUUUUUUCUUUUUCUAUUGGGUCUUAACGCCCAUUUUUUGUUUUCUUAUGUAUUCAUCAAGGUGAUUUUAGGUAGUGGGUAAUGGAGAUUGCUGUGUUAUGGAUCCCAUUCAAUUGGGGGAACUUUAAAUAGGGUAUUUUUUAUGUACGAUUCAUGAUAAUAUUCAAAUUGUGCAGAUAAUUCUUUUU